CUGAAAAGCUGUCUGUAUGCCAGUGUCUUUGGGCUGUUGGUGGGAUUGAGUGCCAUUGUUGUUUAUGGCUACGCAGUCAAUGACAUAAAAUCUGUUAAAACCUGCGAAUCUGAAGAGUUUACAGAAUUUAUUUGUCCAAAACAAGAAGUCAUUGAAUAUUUCAAAUCAAUCUCAGCACUGCUUUUGGUUUAUGACAUGGGAGCACUCACUCUUCAAGGCCUCCUUUUAUUUUCAGCUAUGAAAGGUUUGAAAACAAACUGAAAAAAAACAAGCCUAUAAUACACCAGUAUAAUAACAUAUAUACUUGCAUAACUGAGAAAUUGUAAAAUGUGAUGUAUAACUCAUAAAUUGUAAUGUUUGUUUAUAUACUUUUUAAUUUCAUACUUCUUUUUAAUAAAAAUGAAGUUUUGAAAAGUAAGCAUGGUGCUGCAAACUGUAGUGUAUGUAAAAAAAGUUCUGCAUUUUGUGUUAAGUGGACACUACAUAUGAAAGAUGCCACUUUUUAGACAUACUUUACACAUAGGCUUCAUUGUGAUUAUAUAACUUUGACACUUGAUAUUUUAGUUGUUGGGAUAUUUAUUUGAUAAAUCAUACCACUAGAUAUAAUAACCUAAUAUAGCAUGAAGAUGUAUUUUCAAGAUGCUUUUCGGUACUCAUGUUUCUAAGCAAGGUAGUUAAGAUAUUUUGUAUUGGUACUGUAAAUAUUUAUAUUGUAUUCAGGUUUUACGAGUACUUAAAAUGACACAGAGCCUGUUUUAGGAAUUUGGAGGUCAUGUCAAAUAGAUUUUAUACUGUCAUAUACUAUACUAUACUAUACUAUACUAUACUAUAAUAUAAUAUAAUAUAAUAUAUGAGACAGUACAGAAGCUAUGCACAGUACCUACAUAAAAUGCAUUCAGUAUAAUGCUGUAAGUGUAAGGCAGAACAACAGAAGGCAGAACAACAGAAGAAUAAUAAGGAUAAGCUAGUAGAUGCACAUUGUAAAAUGGUAAAUGAUAACGUCAAACAGUGGAAUGGGGAAAAAUGUUAUCUUAAUGACUUUGACCAUUGGAACAGUCUCUAGAGUUUACACACAAUGGUGCGAAAAACAAAAAAUCUCCACUGAGCGGCAGUUCAGUGGGUGGAAACGCCUUGUUGAUGAGUGAAGUCAGAGGAAAAUGGCCAGACUUAAUGCAUGCUAUUCAGGCUUACUGGCUUUUUGCCAAGGUUUGGCGAGUUGUGUGUUCUGAGAAAUUGUAGGCUUGCUGUAAGCUCAAACCAGUCUGGCCAUUCCGCAUUGGCCUCUUUCAUCAGCAAGGUAUUUUUUUGUUUUUGCGCCAUUCUGUGUACAUUCUAGAAACUGUUCUAUGUGACAGUCUCAGGAAAUCAGCAGUAUCUGAAAUACCAGCCAUCUGGCACUAACAACCAUGCCACUGUCAAAAUCACUGAGAUUACAUUAUUUGCCCCCAUUCUGAUGUUUGAUGUAAACACUAACUGAAGCUCUUGGCCUGUAUGUGCAUGAUUUUAUAGCAUUCCGCUGCUGCCACAUGAUUAUCUGAUUGGAUAACUUCAUGCAGGUGUUCCUAUUAAAGUGGCCAGUGAGUGUAUGUCAAUGUAUAUGACAAUACAUGUCAAUUUAAAAAAAAAAAAAAGCCUUUUAAACCACACUCACUUGUGUGGAAACAUGAAAUCACUCUGUUUUUAUAACCAUUUUCCUCAGAAUGAGUUUUUACCAUAUUCAGAGCCAACAAUAUCAGUGUCUAGAUGACCUGCAUUCAUGAAAUUUUACAUGCGCUUUAAUGUCAUAUUAUUGAUUAUUUUUGAUUAGUGAUCAUUUUUGGAUUUAUGUUAGAUUUCCUACUGAAAAUGCAAAAAAAUGUAUUUUUUUAUAUAACAACCUAUGGUGUUUUCUUGGUUAAACAAUAAAGAAAUAUUUCUACAAAAUUUACUGUAAAGGUCUUUAUCUUUACAGGGAAAUUAACAUUUUAAUUCUAACAUCAUCCAAACAGUAGAUUUUUGGCUUUAUGUAAAGCAUGCAAAUUGACAUGUUUAAUGAGACAAGGCCUAAUUUGCAGAAAUAAAUGUAACUUUUUAAAAAAAGGUCUAACAAAAAAAUUGUAAGAAUAUCAGCAAGCAGCUGGCAAAGACUGAUAGUGGUAUUUACUUAAUCUUUUUGUUACAUCUACUGUUUUUUUUUGUUGUUGUUGUUGUUUGUUUGUUUGUUUUGUUUUGUUUUUUAACGAUUAUACUCAGUCUACUUUUCCUGUGAUCUCAUCAUGAGCAGCAGUAUAAAGAGUUUAUUGAAGAGUAAACAUAACGUAUACAAAAACAGUUGUAAUGGAAGUAAGCCACUGUGCUGCGCCUCCCCGCUGCCAGGGAAAGAAUGGAACAUUCCUGUCACUUUGGGGUUUCCCAUGAGUCAGCUGAACAACGGACGAUACCACUAGCGAACAGCAGUUAGUUACAAAUUCAACAUGUUACCAUUACCUCUUGCGAAAUGUAUCAUAUUAUAUGUUAAACUAGUAAAUAUUGUAAUUAAAUGACGAUAUUCCUUUAAACAGUGUUUUUUUUUGUUUGUUUUAAAUCCAACUUGUGUCGUGUAGCAUUUCCACCAACCCCCCUUGACAGAAUUGAGAGUGGAUUAUACCAAAAUAUGGCGGCGGUAUCUGUCAGCAAGAAGUGAAACUUUCGCUUAAGAGAGUGAAUAUUUCCUAUUAAAUGCAGCAUUUCCUGGAUGCUGUCGUUGUUUCGACGUUUCCGUCGUUUUACCAGAAACGAGAUUUCGUGUACUUUUUGUGGUCGUCUUUCAUUCGACGUUUUUUCCUUCUAUAUUUGCUCUUGGCUGCUAGCUGUUUAGCUGAUUGAAAAGGCUCUUUUCGAUAAAUAGAGCAAAGUGCCGUGCAGACAGCGACAAACAUUAGCGGAUAUAACCGGCUUCAUUGCAGAUUCUUGGGUGAUUUGAAGGUUAAAUCCGCGUGAAACAUUUACAGAGACGUAUGUUUAUUAGUUUUAUUUACAACCAAGGGCAGCGCUUCCGUGUUCAUUUUACGUCACUGGCUUCCGAUUCAAGUCGGAUGUUUGUCGAUGUGCUCUCUAACCCGAGGAAUUUGAUUUGCUAGCACCUUUUGGUUGGCAGGUGGAAAAGUUGCACCUGGCUGUACUGGCAAAUCAAUGGAGAAGCUUCAGGAUCUCAGACAAUCCGAGCUCCAGGAUUUGCUGGAUAACUCGGAGCGGGUGGAGUCAAUGGCACUGGAGUCAGAUGAGAUCCAGAACAUUCAACUGGAAAGGGAAAUGGCUCUGGCUUCCAACCGCAGCCUGGCUGAACAGAACCUCGACAUGAAACCACGACUGGAGAGAGAUAGAGAACGGCUGGUGGCGAAAUAUAAUGAACUGGAGGAAGUGAGGGAGAGAUACAAACAGCACUGUGCUCUCAGAGAUGAGAUUAUGGGCCAGGUGUCUCCUGAGGGGUUAUCAUCUCGUCUACAGGCAGAGGGCGCCAACACAGAGGCAGAGUCAGAGGUUCUAGCUGAUGAGUUUCUAGAGGGUUCCUUAUCACUAGACUCCUUCCUUGAGCGCUUCCACUCUCUCCGCUGCCUUGCUCACAGAAGACGUGUGUGCGUUGAGAAGCUGCAAGAGAUUCUGCGCCAGAAGAACCAAGGAGCCGGAGAGUCUGGCGUGACACCAGAGCCGUGCUCCAAUCCGGAGGCCGGCUCCGUGUCACCGUGGCAACAGCAGCAACCCCAGCAACAGCCACAGCAGAAACCCAGCGUGAGCGCCAACCCGCCCAACUGUGCCCUACCAUACACUCCAUACCCCGUUUCUCCUCCUAGCCAGCCCUGUUCGGCCUCUACAGCUGCCCCCUCCAACCCCUCUGGUGCUUUUCAGCCCUACUCAAACCAGGCCGCAGCUUUUACUCCAUCCUCAGGCUACCCCGCUGCCCGGCCUGCCUUUGCCCCAUCCACAUGCCCGUACCCCACCCAACCUGCAUUUCCAGCUCCCCAAGGUCCUCCGUUUGGGCAGUUUGGCCCUAGUAAUGCACCCUACCCCAGCCCAUACCCUUAUGGAGGUUAUAGUUACCCCAUAGGCUCCCAUAUGCCCCCUUCUCAGUCACCUACAGGUAGGCCGCUUUAUAGGCCAGGGUUUGGUGUACCACAGCCGUACUCCUGAACCACAGUGUUCCCCUCUCUCUCUCUUUCUCUCUCUCAGUGUCUCUUAUUCCCUCACCUCUGCUCUGUCUCUUUCCUCCCUCCUCUUUUGCCUCCAAAUGACACUGAGAUUUGUGGUUUGCAUACCCCCAAAUUUUCUCUUCCUGUUUGAGGCUUGCACAAAAUGUUUGAAAUUCGGUUACCACAUGUUUUUCUCCCCCCCCUCUGACACCUCAGUGAAAGACUUGCUCCAAAAAUCCGUCAGAGACCAAAAUGGCCGUCAGUCACCUUUGGACUUGCUUCAGUUCCUGGCUGUUCUAGCAUGUUUCCAGAUCGGAGAUUUCAAAUUGUUGAUUGUGUUUAUUGAAUUUGCCAUUAUGUUUCAAUUCAGUGGAAUUGUGUUGCUGUUUGGCCUCAUAUGGAUAUGGUCCAUAAUUCAGAAUCAUAACUUUUUAUUUAACUAGUAAUGAGAAACGUUACACUACUUAAUCAUAAGAAUCAUUUAUUACCUGGCUACUUUCUGGUUUAUGUAGCCGCUUUUUUUUUUUUUCCCCUCUGUCCAGAAAAUAACAGCACUACCAUUCACUGAAGACACAAACUACUUUACAAACUGUCUACAUGUUUAACACCACAUUUCCAGGCAUUUUAUUUGGGUGGAAAUAUUUGACCCCUGAAUCAUAUUGUCUGUACCUUGUUACGAGAGUAGUCAGUUCUGUAUUUAAUGCAACGUUGCACCUGCUCCUUCACUCCCCUCAUUCAUCUCCUUGUCUGCUGAACUGACUUUUUUUUUCCUCUCCUCUCCUUCUCUCUUUCUUAACCUUUUUCUUUUUUUUCAUUUUUGUUUUGUUCACACUUCCCUUGCUCCAUGUACAGCUUGUUGACUGAGAACAAUGAGAAUUACAUGAAGGGACUGUUUAAAUACUCUAGUGAAGACUGUGUGAUUUGUAUAAACAGAUAUGAAUAAUAAUGGUAAAUAAAAAAAAAACAAAACAAGGGGAAUAUAAUAUAAACAUAUCUUUAUCUGCUAUAGCACAGUAUAUGGGGUGGCGUUUGAGGCAAAGGGAACCAUAACACAGCACAGUGAGCACGCGAGGGAGUUUGAGCUGCAUAACAUCCUUUGGAGUUUACAUACAGCAUUCUGUAACCAUCUUGACACUGAAAAUGUUCUCAAAUGAAGAUUGCGCAGACAGAUUAAUCUUGUAAGCCCAUAUUUGUCUGUUACAAUGGUAAUAAGUAUUAUUUGUCUGUUACAAUGGUAAUGGUAAUAAGGGCUUAAUGAAUUCAAUUAUAAAUGUUAUUAAUAACCGGCAAAGCUCUGGUUUACCUGACAUGGAUAUAAAUGAAGGCUGUAUGUAUCUGUGGAGGUUGUAUGUAGUUACCUGCAGCACCCCCGCCUUUUGGAGUGUGUAUCUUCUAUAUGUUGACUGGUAGAAUGACCGUUUUGAAUCACAUUUGCACUCCACAAUAACAGCUUCCGUCCCUACGGUAAAAGGGCCUGGGGGCGAGCCUGCGAACCGUCAGCUUUAGAAAAGAUGCUCGGGGUAAACUGUUGAAUUUUAUUUUAUCAGACAUUAUUUUUAACUUACAAGCAAUCAAAAAAAAAAAAAAAAAAAACUAGAGGCAUCCCCAAUAAAGCCUCAGGUGGCUUUAAUGAAUUCAUGAACUCAGUAAUUAAGACUCAGGUUCGGAGCAAAACCCUGUCAUCUAUGGCCCGUCCUCAGGACCUGAAACGAGGGAGAAAGCUGGCAUAAAAUAAAGGAGGGGAAAUGGGGUGUUUAUUUAGUCGCACACUGUGAUGUGCAGCAUUAGAGGAAAGGCAUUCUGUGGGAUUGAUGGUGAUGACUGUAGCCUGUUAAGUGUAUUAUUUUUAUUUUUAUUUCCUUUGGUGUGAAUAUUAAACACUGAAGUUGAUCUAUGAAA